AUGGCGUCUCCUUGGGAUCAUAUGGGGGAAAUUGAUGUGGCUCAGUUAACUGGUCUAGAUGCAGUGCGUUUGAUUGGGUUGAUUGUGAAAGCGGCGAGCACGGCGAGGAUGCAUAAGAAAAACUGCAGGCAAUUUGCACAGCAUCUCAAGUUGAUUGGGAACUUGUUGGAGCAGCUGAAGAUCUCGGAGCUGAAGAGGUACCCUGAGACAAGGGAGCCAUUGGAGCAGCUUGAGGAUGCUCUCAGAAGGUCAUAUAUAUUGGUGAAUAGUUGUCAGGACAGGAGCUACCUCUACUUGCUGGCCAUGGGAUGGAACAUUGUUUAUCAGUUCAGGAAGGCACAGAACGAGAUUGACAGAUACUUGCGGCUCGUUCCGCUCAUCACUCUUGUUGACAAUGCUCGAGUCAGGGAGAGACUUGAAGUUAUUGAAAAGGAUCAACGUGAGUACACACUGGAUGUUGAGGAUGAAAAGGUGCAGACAGUUAUUUUAAAACCAGAUCCUGACAAAGAUGAUGCUGCAAUGCUGAAGAAAACACUUUCUUGUUCAUAUCCCAACUGUUCAUUCACCGAAGCACUUAAAAAAGAAAAUGAAAAGCUUAGACUAGAGCUACAACGUUCACAAGCAAAUCUUGAUAUGAAUCAAUGUCAAGUCAUUCAACGGUUGUUAGAUGUCACAGAAAUUGCAGCUCAUACUCUUCCAGAGAAGACUGACAAGGUUCAUAAGAAGGAGGAAUACAACUAUAAUGAUGUAGAUAAUGACAACGACCAUUCAUCUAGUGAAAAAUACCAAGUUAAAAGUGACCCACUUUCCACAUCAAGAUCAGCAGUUUGCCAAAAGGAUCUGCUGUCAAAUGGAGGUUCAUAUCAGCAUCACUGGCAUAUUGAUUUACUUGGCUGUUGUUCUGAACCUUCUCUUUGUAUGAAGACAUUUUUCUAUCCUUGUGGAACAUUUUCAAAGAUUGCCACUGUUGCAAAAGGCAGGCCCAUAUCUUCUGGAGAUGCAUGUAGUGAAUUGAUGGCAUAUUCAUUGGUUUUGUCUUGCUGUUGUUAUACCUGCUGCAUAAGGAGGAAGCUUCGGAAGAUGUUGAACAUCACCGGAGGCUUUAUUGAUGAUUUUCUAUCUCAUUUGAUGUGUUGCUGCUGUGCCCUUGUGCAAGAAUGGAGAGAAGUGGAGAUCCGCGGAGUUAGUGAUCGCGAGAAGACCAAAACAAGCCCUCCACCUUCCCAGUACAUGGAAUCUUAGAACAAAUGAGAUUGUAUUUUGGUUGUUUAGGGAUUCAGGAGUGUUUGAACCACAUAUUAAAUAGAGGCAAUUGGCUAUUGGGACUCAUAGCAAGACAGAAACUAUGUAUUUCCUUUUUCUUUUUUUCCUUUUCCCUCAAUACCUCUGGCCUCAUUACCCAUGUGUAAAGCUUACAGAUUUAGCCACUGAUGUAUUGGUUUCCUUGUUUAAUAUAAUUUGAUUUUAGUUGUUUAGUAUCA